AUGGCGUGGUAUUGUUCUGGACAAACAAACAGCGAACUGAUCGAGAACCUGUUCGAGGCAGGUCUCAUCAAGAAUGAACGAGUAAAGAAUGCCAUGCUAGGCGUCGACCGCGCUCAUUAUGCGCCCUCCGCCCCAUACUCCGACUCCCCUCAGCCGAUCGGAUACAGCGCCACCAUCUCCGCUCCCCAUAUGCAUGGCCAUGCCUGCGAGUAUCUCAUCGAUUUCCUCCAUCCCGGCUCUCGUGUCCUGGACAUUGGCUCCGGAUCAGGCUACCUCACUCACGUAUUCGCAAAUCUGAUCGAUGGCCCAUCUACCGGCAAGGACGGCUACGUCGUUGGAAUCGAUCACAUCCAAGAACUCGUCGACCUCGCGAAGAAGAACAUGAGCAAAUCCCCCGAGGGCCGUAAAAUGCUCGAGUCGGGAAAAGUCAAGUUCGUCACCGGAGACGGACGCAAAGGUUGGCCGGAAGACGCGCCUUACGAUGCUAUCCAUGUUGGGGCCGCGGCUGAUAAGCUCCAUCCUGUUCUCGUGGAGCAGUUGCGUGCUCCGGGACGCCUGUUCAUUCCUGUAGAGUCAGAGGAAGGUGGUGGAGCGGCGCUGAGUGCCCUCGGUUUGGGCGGUGGUCAGUAUAUCUGGGUCGUAGAUAAGAAGGCUGAUGGCUCCGUACAUAAGGAGAAGGUCUUUGCGGUUAGCUAUGUGCCACUUACUGAUGCGCCUCCAAGAUGA